AUGAGCCCAUCUAGGUACGACUGGAUUCUGCCCAAAAAUGCCUCAAAUGAUAUUUAUUUCCUAAUUGUCAUCCACUUUGAUGCACUCGUUGUCAGGUUCAACAAGUGCUCCAGGCUUCAAGACUUUGAAACAAAGGGAGGCACUUGGGACGUGACCCGAGUGAGGCGCCUGACCCCGAGCAUUCUCCUCCUGCUGCUCUCCGCCGUGUCCUCGCUAGUUCAGCACAGCCACCUCCCGCUGUUACGGGUCCAGGGCAAACCCCGGCCACCAGGAGCACAGAGCUGCCCGAGCCGGGACACUCCUGAGCGCUCCAGCCCGGAGCCUCGCUCCCUCAAUACUCGCAUUAUUUCUUUUGCAGGAGGAGCGCGUUUGCUCUCUAUACCCGAAGCGCCGGGGACGCGCUGCCCUCCCGGAAACGGGAAAAGCCUCGUCCCAGUACCCGCAGCUCCGGGCGGAACCUCGGCCACCCCACGGGCAGCGCGGGGAACGCCUCGAUGGAAUUUGGGAAGUAGCUGCGGGGCCGCCGCUCGCCUUGGGCUGCCGCACCAGAAGCGCUCGGUCACCGCCGCCGCAGCGGCUACGGAGCGAGCCCGGACCCCGCCUCGGGGACCCCCGCCCUGGUCCCUUACCUGGGCUUCGGGCUCGGCCCCCCGCCGGUGUUGCCGCUCCCGCCGAGGCACGGACAGGCAGCAGCCACAGGAAUUUAGCGUCUUGCCGAAGCCCUGCCGCUCUUCCCGAGGGGAGUCAGUGCCGGGGAUGCCUCUCCCCGGCCCCGGGAUCCCCCCGGUCCUUCCCCCGUAUCAAUUCCAGUCCGGCUCUGGCAGCGUUUAGGCCGGGAUUGGGGGAUAAUAGGAAUAUCAUCUGGAGACAAUUACCUUUGGAGCGCUCGCUUCUCCUCCCAGACACUGUUAUUUGAGCAAUAGGAUCAUUUGAUUUCAUAUCGCACUAAAUAACCCCCGGCCUCCACAAAUUGCCGCCUUCUCAACAGCCACCCCUUGGAAUAAAUUGCACAGCGACUC